AUGAUGCUUCGCGAAGUGCGCGCACAGAGUUUGCAGGAACUUGCCCUUAUACACGAUGGCUACGUCAUCCGCAUAAGCAACAAUAUUGGCGCUUUCCCAUUUAAUCUCUCGCAACUUUUUAGAGACAAUUUCAUGCAAAAUGAAAACACUUGCAUAGGAACCAAUCUGCUCAGCUCACCUCAGGCUAUUAAAGAGUUACAGAGGGAGUGCAGAGGGAUACUCAAGGAAAACAUCUCUUUUGCUGCACGCAAUCUUACCAAUGGCGAGUUGGCUGCCAUCGCUGUCAAUCAUCUAAUGUCUUCAAAGUUGCAAAAUGCUUCAUUGGGUGAUGCCAUGAACAACUUCCAAUCGCCUGAAAUGAAAUGCAUUUUUGGAGUUCUCCAACGCAUUGAAAGUAGCGUUGACAUCUACAGGGCUUUAGAAAUCGAUAGCGUAAUAGAGAUUGUCUUCCUAUCCACCGGCGCUAAUUACGUACAACGUGGACUAGCGAGUAUUUUAUCGGAGCACUCCAUCAAUUAUGCGCGUCGUUUACUAAGUGGCACACUGGCGGAGGAAGAUUUACCAGCGGCACAUGUGCGGACGCUUAAACCUGCUGCAGUUUGCUCCAUAUUCACAUCUCUAUUCACACAACGCAUUGGGCGCAAGUUUAAUUUCGAGAUUUUAAAUAAAGUGCCAUUUAGCGAAUUUUCAUUUGAGGGAAAAACAUUCGCUGAACGCAUAGAUCCCAUACAUGAGUUUGCGACAUUUGAAGCGUUGCGAUUGUGAGAGAUGGCUGAGUGGAAAAUGAGGUGGGGAAAGAUGUUAAAAAUACGCAAAUACAUACAUACAUACGUAUACGAUUAUGUUGCUAACCAGGUGUUUAUUGUGAAUAGAAUAUCGCUUGAGAUACGAGUAUUUGUAGAUUUGAAGUCAUAAAACUAAACGUUCCGAAAUAAAGGUCCUUGACAAAUCUUGGGCGUGUAGAGUAU